AUGCGAAUCCAAUCGUGGCUACAGACAUGUUCCUCCUCCGCCAACUGCGCCACCGCCACCCACCACUCCACAAUCUCACUCCCCAAACAAAAACAACAUGCAUACGACACCUCAAUAUCCUCCUCCUCUGCUUCCGAAGCACCCUCUUCCGCCACUUCCUACAACACCACGUCCUCUCUCGAAACCAACCUUUCCAUACAAACCCUCCCAUCCAUUCCCUCUCUCCAAAACCAAACCCUCGCCUUCUCCAUCUCCCACCGCUGCCUCAACUCUCUCACCCCACACCCUUCUCGCCCUGUCACCUCCCUCGCUGUCACCAACAACCUCCUCUACGCCGCAACGGACCACGAAAUCAACGUCUAUGACCGCCACACCUACACCACCCUCCACACGUUCAACGCCCAACCCACCUCCAACUCCACCAAAGCCAUCACCUUCUCCGACAACCUCGUCCUCACCACCCACCAGGACUCCAAGAUCCGCGUCUGGCAAAACCACAAGACCCAACACCGCGUGUUUACCACUCUCCCCACCGUCAACGACCGUCUCCGCCGUUUCCUCCUCCCAAAGAACUACAUCACCGUCCGCCGCCAUAAAAAACGGCUCUGGAUCGAACAUGCAGACGCCGUCACCGGACUCGCCGUUACUAACGGCGCUAUCUACUCCGUUUCGUGGGAUAGGACUCUGAAGAUAUGGCGGCUCUCGGAUUUCCGAUGCGUUGAGUCCGUGAAAGCGCACGAGGACGCGGUCAACGCAGUUGCAGUGUCCUACGAUGGGACCGUAUACACUGGAUCCGCGGAUAAGAGAAUACGAGUGUGGGCGAGACCCGCGGGGGAGAAGCGGCACGUGCUGGUGGCCACGUUGGAGAAGCACAAGUCCGCGGUGAACGCUUUGGCCCUAAACGACGACGCUUCGGUGCUGUUCUCGGGGGCGUGUGACCGUUCCAUACUGGUGUGGGAGAGGGAGGACAGUGCCAACCACAUGGUGGUGAGUGGGGCUCUCAGGGGGCACCAGAAGGCGAUACUGUGUUUGGUCAACGUCUCCGAUUUGCUCCUCAGUGGGUCCGCUGAUCGAACGGUCAGGAUUUGGAAGCGCUCUUGUGAUGGACGGUUUGGAUGUCUUGCCGUCCUCCACGGUCACCGGAAACCGGUGAAAUCCUUGGCGGCGAUUCUGGAGAAUGAUCAAGCUUCACCUGAUAACAGCGUUUCCGUUUUCAGUGGCUCUCUAGAUGGAGAAAUUAAGGUUUGGCAGGUUUCUAUCACGAGUCAAUCCAAACAUGAUGACACUGAAAUGGAUUCAUAG